AUGAAGCCGUAUGCGCCCUUCUUGAAUGGCACUGCGCGGCUACGAUGGCAGGUCGCUCGUGUUACAGCAUUUCAGCCACGCCGCCUCACCACGCCAUCUUCUGGUAAGAAGCCAGACCUGAUAGUAGUAGGAAGUGGUAUAGCCGGACUCUCAGCCGCCAUAACAGCAGCUGAGCAGGGUGCAUCGGUGCUCGUCGUCGAGCGAUUCCAUGGAGGCGGCACUUCAGCGCUCUCAGGGGGCGUCGUCUACGCUGGAGGCGGAACGCGACAGCAGAAAGAGGCUGGCUUUGAGGACAUGCCGGAAAACAUGCUCGCGUAUCUCCGAGAGGAGGUUGGAAGUGCCGUCGACGGGGCAACUUUGAAGCGAUUUUGCGAUAGGAGCGCUACGAACCUUGAGUGGCUAGAAAAGCAUGGGGCGCGAUUCGAGGCUUCCAUGUGCCCUUACAAGACGAGUUAUCCGACCAACAAGCACUACAUCUACUACUCGGGCUCGGAGAAGGCAUAUCCGUUCAAUGAGAAGGCAAAACCAAUGCCGCGAGGACAUCGCAUGGUUCACCCGGGGUUUUCUGGUGUCGGCCUCGCCAAAGCACUACUCGACUCUGCGAAACGGCUAGGUAUCCGGCUACAGCCCGCCACCAAGGUUGAGGAGGUCUUAUUGAAUGAGAAAGGUUCUGUCUGCGGGAUCAAGUGUCGAAUGUUGGCAGACGCCUCGGGCCUUCAGAAGCAUAAGAAGUUGACCCAGAGAGCACUUCAGUAUCAGCUCACUCUCCCUCCGAUUGCGGCAAUGCUUCACAAAAGGGCGAAUGCUGUCUUUGAGAGGGAAUCGCAGACCCAAUCUAUCGAAGCACCCUCAGUAGUUCUUGCAGCUGGUGGCUUCACGUUCAAUCCCAAGAUGCGACAAAUUUACCUACCGGAAUUCUCGGGCGUUGCUCCCCUGGGCACGCCGGCUGAUGACGGAGCCGGAAUCAAGCUCGGUAUCGCGGCAGGCGGUACGGUGUCUCACAUGAAUCGGAUGUCAGCGUGGCGCUUCCUCUAUCCGCCAACAGCUCUCCUCGAAGGCGUAGUCGUCUCACAGGAGGGACAACGAAUCGGAGCUGAGGACGUCUACGGAGCUCUACUAACUGAGAAAAUGAUCCUCAACCAUGAAUCCCGGGGCUUCCUUAUCUUGGACUCAGUGCAGUGGGCUAAGGCCCGGAAACAGGUGUGGGAGCAGACCGCGUCGUUGGUGCGGUUGCAAAGACUACACUGGCUCUAUUGGGGCUACAAGCGAGCCAACUCUGUUCAAGACUUAGCUCGUAAGUUCGACAUCUCUGAGGAAGGCAUGGCGAAGACCGUUGAGGAAUGGUUCUUGGUCUCACCCUUGGUGGAUUGA